AGAAAAAACAUUAUUUUUGACACUAUGGCUCGCGGCAAGGGAAGAAAGAACCCCAAGUGGAAGAACGGCAGCAACAAGGCGCAGGGCGGGCAGCACGUGGAUGGCGAGCGCCGCGUCUACAAGAGCUUCAGCGAGCUGCGGCGCGACAACGAUUCGUUCCGCAAGUACUACCUGGCGCAGCAGAUCGUGCCCGAAGCCGAGUUCCCGGACCUAAUGGAGUCGAUGCGCACGGUGCUUCCGACGAGCUUCCGGAUCACGGGCUCGCGCGAGCAAGCACAGGACAUCCGCGAGCAGAUCGAGCGCGAAUUCGUGCCGUUUAUCUCGCAAACGACCAUCGACGGGGAGGCCAUUGAGCCGCCGCACAUCCUGCCCUGGUACCCGGAGCGGUUCGGCUGGCAGUUCACGAUUCCGCGCGUGGCGCUGAAGAAGUCGCCGGAGCUGGCCAAAUUCCACUCGUUCCUGGUGACCGAAACCGAGGUGGGCAAUAUCAGCCGGCAGGAGGCCGUGAGCAUGGUGCCGCCGCUUCUCCUGGACGUGCAGCCAGAGCACUUUGUCCUGGAUAUGUGCGCGGCGCCCGGCUCCAAGACUGCGCAGCUGAUCGAGGCGCUGCACAAGGACACCGCUAUGGGCGAGUGCCCGCCAGGCGUGGUGGUGGCCAAUGACGCGGACUACAAGCGUGCGUGCAUGCUGGUGCACCAGGUGAGCCGGCUCAACAGCCCGAGCGUGGUGGUGACGAACCACAGCGGCGAGCGGUUCCCGAAUAUCUACGAGGACGGCAAUGUGGUGCAGUUUGACCGGAUCCUGUGCGAUGUGCCGUGCUCGGGCGACGGCACCACGCGCAAGAACGUGCGGGUGUGGGAGAAAUGGCGCGCCGACGACGCCCACAGCCUGCAUCCGGUGCAGACCAAGAUUCUGCAGCGCGCGGCCUACCUGCUCAAGACUGGCGGCCGGCUGGUCUACUCGACGUGCUCGCUGAAUCCAAUCGAGAACGAGGCCGUGGUGGCCAAUGUUCUGCAUCACUUUGAGGGCGCGCUGAAGCUGGUCGACGUCAGCAGUGAGUUGCCCGAGCUCAAGCGCCGCCCCGGCCUAAACACCUGGAAGGUCAUGACCAGGGACGGCCAGCUGUUCGACAAGUUCGAAGAUAUCCCGGCGGGCGAGCACGGCAGGAACCGCCGCAAGUACUCGCCGCGCUUCUUCCCGCUGCCGGAGCACGAGAUGGAGAAGCUGCACAUGGAGCGCUGCCUGCGCAUCUACUCGCAUCUGCAGAACACCGGCGGCUUCUUUGUCGCCGUGAUCGAGAAGGUCAAGCCCAUCACCGUCAAUGAGAAGCGCAAGGCUGAGCGCGAUGCCGAGGCCUUUGCCGAGGCCAUGCGUCGGGCGCGCGAAGAGGGCGAUGCCCAGGCGAAGGAAGCGGAGGCUGGGGACAGCGCUGAGCCCGAGCCCAAGCGCGCCAAGGUUGACGAGACCGAGUCCAAGGACGAGGAAAAUGAGGAGACCGAGUCCAGGGCCGACGAGACCGAAUCCAAGGAUGAGACCGACUCCAAGGAGGCCGGCGUCAGCAGGCGCGUGUACCUCCCCGACGAACCGCGGGCAGACCCGGCGCUGUUGGAGAACCCGUUCGUGUUCCUGGACGAAAACACAGCCGAGCUGCAGGAGAUCCUCUCCUUCUACGGCAUCGCGCCCACCAUGUCCCGCCGCGGGUUCCUCUCGCGCAUCGAAAAGGGCAGCUUCCGCUCCGUCUACUUUGUGUCGGAGCCGGUCCGCCACCUGAUGAACCUGGCCGGCCAGCGCCUGCGCAUCGUCAACACCGGCAUCCGCGUGUUCUCCCGCAACGCCGUCCGCGAUGCCCACUGCGCCUUCCGCCUUGUCUGCGAGGGCACGCCCCAGGUCCUGCCGCACCUGGACCAGCGCUUUGUCGUGGAUGCCGGGUUUGCUGAUCUCAAGACGCUGCUUAGCGAAAUCAACCCGCUGCUGAACCUGCUCAGCGAGGAGACCCAGAAGAAAAUCGAGCAGGUGCCGGUGUCGUCUAGUGUUAUCGUUAGGUUCGACCCCAAGGAGCAUCAGGGCGAGGAGGGCCCGGCUACCAGGCUGACUGCUGCGCUGGCGCUGCCGUGCUGGCGAGGAAAGGCCUCGCUGAGCGUUCAUAUGGACAAGCAUCAGCUUAGGUCGCUGAUCCAGCGCGUCCUGGGCAAGACUGUGGAUCGCAAGGAGAACCUGGGCUACAAGAUGUCCAACAACCGCCGCUCCAACGUUGUGGCUGCUGAGGCUGCUGAGACUACUGAGGCUACUGAGGAUACGGAGGCUGCUGAGGCUACGGAGACUGCUGAGGCUGCAGAGACCACCGAGUAAUUAUUUAUUUUUUCUCACAGAAUAUACGCUCUGGCCCAUUU